UUUGUGGGUAGCCUUCUCUAGCUGACAAAGCAAGUGUACAGCUGGGGUGAGAUUCAAAAUUUGCAGGAGCUCAGAAUGGUUCGGUUACUACCAUUCCUCCUAUAUCUGCCUACUAUUUUCAGCAGGCAAAGACAUCUGCGCAGAAUUCAGCACAAUUCCAAGACAGGUUCCAGAGAAGACAUUACCAUUGGGGAAUUUGGAUCCUUCUUACAGGGUGUUGUGCUUCUAUUCAACUUUACUGUACCACCAGACAUAUCCACCACAGGAUAUUUAAUGCCAAAAAAUUACCAGCAUGUUCUUGCCUUCAUCUUUGCAAUUCAAGAGAUCAACAGGAAUGACCACCUCUUACCCAAUAUCACACUGGGAUUCGAAAUCUAUGAAAAUGUUUUCAAUCCGCUGAGAGCCGUUGGGAACACUCUGCAGUUCCUCUUCACAGGGCAGGGGAAUCCCUUGAAUUACAACUGUGACGGGAAGCAGCAGCUAGUCCUUGCCAUUGGUGGGCUCACCUCCCCAAAUUCCAUGCAGAUGGCCAGUGUCUUCAGUACCUACAAGAUCCCACAGCUGAGUUAUGGAUCUUUUGACCGUGUGCUAAGUGAUCAAACCCGGUUCCCUUUUUUCUUCCGGAUGGUUCCAAGUGAAGACCUUCAAUAUAUCGGGAUCAUUUUGCUGCUGAAGCAUUUCAAGUGGAAUUGGAUCGGUCUGCUCACAUCAGAUGAUGACAGUGGAGAAACAUUUCUCCAAAAUAUGAGACCAAGACUUCUCCAGAGCAAUAUUUGUAUUGCUUUGGCACAAUCCAUUCCAAAAGUAACGAGUCACACAUUAAAUACACACACUAAAAAAAUGCUGUUGGAAAUAGCUAAUGCUGUCUGGAAGGAAGCAAAGAUGAAUGUGGUUCUUGUCUAUGGAGAUAUUCAUUCUGUGGAGGGUUUACGAAUGAUCUUAGAAUACUGCGAAUUUGAUCUUAAGCUUCCAUUGGAGAGAGUGUGGCUCAUAACUGCUCAGUGGGAUUGCACAACUCUUUCUUCAUGGGAUAAAUUCACAGGGAAAUCCUUCAAUGGUUCUUUGUCAUUCACACUUCACACAAAAGUGGUUCCAGGAUUUCAGGACUUUCUUGAGAACAUAACUCCAUACCAGUCUAUGAUCUAUUUCAUCCAUCAGUUCUGGUGGUUUGCAUUUUUCUGUUCACUCCCAAAGCAUGGCUUAUAUGUUCCAAAUCAAGACAACUGCACUGAGGAGGAGAAACUGGGGAGCCUUCCUGAAUCUGUGCUUGAAAUGGGCAUGUCUGGGCAGAGCUAUAACAUCUACAAUGCUGUUUAUGCUGUAGCCCAUGCUCUCCAUACUAUGUAUUCUUCGAAAACUAAACAGAAGGAAAUGGAGAAACUCGGGGGAGUCUUCUGUUACGGCCUGUAUCUUCAUGCUUUUCUGAGCAAUAUCCAUUUCAACAAUAGUGCUCGGGAAGAAAUCUUUUUUGAUGAGGAAGGGAGCCUGCCGUCAGGAUACGAUAUCAUCAACUUGGUCACAUUCCCCAAUGACACCUUCCAGAAAGUCCAAACUGGAAGGAUGGAUCCCCUGGCUCGUGAAGGAAAAAGGUUCACCAUGAAUGCAAGUGCUACUGUAUGGAACCACAAGUUUAAAGAGUUCCAUGUCUACCACAGAGGGAUAGACAUUACAGUAGCAGCCCUAGGCCCCGCAUAUUACAAACCCGCAUAUUACAAAUCCGUAACCGUGGUUUGUGCCAUAACACAGGUCCGGAUGAUCAAAGACAGCAAGGUUACUGAACAUGAACAAAGUUUAAUGCCUAAAAAUUACCAGCAUGUUCUUGCCUUCAUCUUUACAAUUCAAGAGAUCAACAGGAAUGACCACCUCUUACCCAAUAUCACACUGGGAUUUGAAAUCUAUGACAAUGUUUUCAAUCCGCUGAAAGCCGUUGGGAACACUCUGCAGUUCCUCUUCACAGGGCAGGGGAAUCCCUUGAAUUACAACUGUGACGGGAAGCAGCAGCUAGUCCUUGCCAUUGGUGGGCUCACCUCCCCAAAUUCCAUGCAGAUGGCCAGUGUCUUCAGUACCUACAAGAUCCCACAGCAUGGCUUAUAUGUUCCAAAUCAAGACAACUGCACUGGGGAGGAGAAACUGGGGAGCCUUCCUGAAUCUGUGCUUGAAAUGGGCAUGUCUGGGCAGAGCUAUAACAUCUACAAUGCUGUUUAUGCUGUAGCACAUGCUCUCCAUUCUAUGUAUUCACUGAAAGCUAAACAGAAAGAAAUGGAGAAACACGGGGGAAAGAGUCUUUUGUUGUGGCCUCUUCAUGCUUUUCUGAGCAAUAUCCAUUUCAACAAUAGUGCUGGGGAAGAAAUCUUUUUUGAUGAGGAAGGGAGCCUGCCGUCAGGAUACGAUAUCAUCAACUUGGUCGCAUUCCCCAAUGACACCUUCCAGAAAGUCCAAACUGGAAGGAUGGAUCCCCUCGCUCGUGAAGGAAAAAGGUUCACCAUGGAUGGAAGUGCUACUGUAUGGAACCACAAGUUUAAAGAGAUGCAGCCCCGUUCCCGAUGUGUUGAGAGCUGCCAUCUUGGAUCCAGCAGGAUUGCCCAGCAGGGAAGACAAGUUUGUUGUUAUGAUUGUGCUCAGUGUCCUGCGGGGAGGAUUUCAACACAGACCGAUGCAGACCAGUGUGAGAUGUGCCCAGAAGAUCAAUGUCCAAAUGAGAAACAGGAUCAAUGCAUCGCCAAAACAAUGACCUAUUUAUCCUAUGGAGAACCAUUAGGAGCAAUUUUGAUUUCUUUUGCUCUUUUGUUUUCCCUGAUCACCUUUGCUGUGAUUGGGAUCUUUGUUCUGCUCCGCAAAACUCCCAUUGUGAAAGCCAAUAACUGGAGCAUUACUUGUACCCUUCUCUCCUCUCUGCUGCUUUGCUUUCUCUGCUCCUUCCUAUUCAUUGGUCAGCCUAGGAAGGUGACCUGUCUCCUCAGACAAACCGUGUUUGGUAUCACCUUUACUGUCGCACUUUCCUCUGUGUUGGCUAAAACCAUCACUGUUGUUCUGGCCUUCCUGGCCACGAAGCCGGGAAACAGGAUGAGAAGAUGGAUAGGGAAGAGGCUGGCAGUAUCGGUCAUCAUUCUCUGUUCACUUAUUCAAAUUGGAAUCUGUGCUAUGUGGCUGGCAAACACUCCCCCUUUCCCAGAGUUUGACAUGCACUCUCAGAUCAGUGAGAUCAUUGUGCAAUGCAAUGAAGGCUCAAACACCAUGUUCUACAUCGUCCUGGGCUACAUGGGUUUUCUGGCCAUCAUCAGCUUCACUGUGGCCUUCCUUGCGAGAAAGUUACCAGAUAGCUUUAAUGAAGCCAAGCUGAUCACCUUCAGCAUGCUGGUCUUCUGCACUGUUUGGAUUACUUUUGUCCCAAGCUACUUGAGCACCAAGGGGAAAUACAUGGUGGCUGUGGAGCUCUUCUCCAUCAUGGCCUCUAGUGGUGGACUGUUGAGUUGUAUCUUCCUUCCCAAAUGCUACAUUAUUAUUCUUAGACCUGAUCUGAACACCAGAGAGCAACUAGUAAGGAAACAAUAUUGA